AUUCCUUUAAGGUGAUAAAAAGGUUGACGCAUCUAAAGCAUACAACCACGGCCACAUUGAAUCAACUGAACGUGAUGGCAAGCGUCAAUCAUCGAAAGCAUACAAACACGGCCACAUUGAAUCAAUUGAACGUUAUGGCAAGCGUCAAUCAUGGGAAGGACACAAACACGGCCACACUGAAUCAACUGAACGUGAUGGCAAACGUCAAUCAUGGGAAGGACGCAAACACGGCCGCGGUGAAUCAACUGAACGCGAUGAAAAGCGUGAACCAUCGAAUGCACACAAACACGCCCGCGCUCAAUCAUCUGAAAGUGAUGAAAAGGGUGAAUCAUCGAAAGCACGCAAUCAAGGUGAAGCUGCAACAAAAUCAGGAUCAGCUGACAGCGGGAAAAACGGCGUAUCAGUGAAAGCACGAAAGCAAGGUAGAGCUGCAACAAAAUCUGAAUCGGCUGACAAUUGGGAAACGGGUGCAUCAACUAAAGCAACCACACAACCUCGUGUUACAACGAAGACUGCAUCAACCAAAGGAACCACACAAGCUGUUGUUACAACGAAGGCUGCAACAACCAAACGAACCACACAAGCUGAAGCUACAGCAAAAUCUGCAUCGGCUGAAAGUGCAAAGAAAGUAUUUGGUAAGUGGCGCUAA